AUGUCCGAUUUUCUUGGCCCUGUUGAAACUUCAGCGGAGACUUCCGGAUCCUACAGACGUCAAGAUCAGACUGCUGUUACUUUCAGCAAUCCAGCCGCUGCGCAAUACUAUGUAGAUGGUCGGACAAUCCCUAACGUGACGUUUGACGCCGGUCCCUCGUGGUCAGGCCUUAUGCCGAUAUCAGCGAAUCCUAAGGAGUCGCGGAAACUGUUCUUCUGGUUUUGGCCCACAAACAACGUCUCCAAUGCUCGUGACCUUAUUUUCUGGACAAAUGGUGGUCCGGGGUGCUCCUCCCUUGAGGGCUUCCUGCAAGAGAAUGGUCCUAUCUCAUGGUCCUGGGGUCAAGCUGCCCCCACCCCCAAUCCCUGGGCUUGGACUAAUCUAUCAAAUGUUGUCUACGUGGAACAACCUGUUGGGACGGGUUUCAGUCAAGGAACACCGGAUAUUUCCAACGACGACGAACUGGCGGCCGAGGUCUUCGGUUUUAUGGAGCAAUUCCUUGAGGUCUUCGACGAACUCAAAGGGUCGAACUUCUACGUUACGGGUGAGAGUGUACACGUACCAUACAUUGCAAAUUACAUAUAUGAACAUCCGACCCUGGAUAUUAACCUGAAAGGCAUCUGGAUAGCCGACCCUUCUCUCUCGUAUGGGGUCGUACAGCAGGAAAUUCCUGCCCUCCGAUUCGUACAGAACAACCAGAAUCUCUUCCCCUUCAACAGUACUUUCAUGGCCCAGCUUCAGAACAUCUCCGACGCAUGUGGGUACACGGACUACCUGGAGAACUAUGUCACCUAUCCUCCGAAUGGAACACUACCUUUGCCUCCCGCGACGAACGGCACUUUCACUGUCACUCCCGAGUGCAGGUUGCAUUCUCCCAUCCAGAGAGCGGUUACACUAAUCAAUCCGGCGUUCGAUGUGUAUAGAGUGUCAGAUACUUGGCCUGUCCCAUGGAGCGUAUUGGGAUUUCCGAGGUCAACUCAAGAAUUCAUCUACUUUAAUCGGUUCGUGCAAGAUGCCAUCCAUGCGCCACAUAUGACUUGGACAGAUUGUUCCACCGAGUCUGUUUACAUCAACGCAACGACCGGGCGACCGGGCUCGGACACGUCGAUCCCGUCUACGUUAAGCGUUCUCCCCGAUGUUAUCGAGAAAUCUGAAAGAGUUGUCAUAGCCCACGGGCUCGCGGACUUCAUCCUGGUCGCCGAGGGCACCCGGAUUGCAAUCCAGAAUAUGACCUGGGGUGGCGCACAAGGCUUCCAAACGCCCAUUGAGCCCGAGACCUUCACGGUGAAGGACAUGGGAGUUUACGGGCACACUCACACCGAGAGAGGACUCACAUACGUCGAAUUCUACUACAGCGGGCACAUGACGCCGCAAUUCGUACCUUGGGCGGUCUAUCAAACGGUGGCGUAUCUCCUCGGGAAGCAGCCAUCACCCUCUCUUUGA